AUGAUUGUUUUUUUAACAUGUAUUAUUGUUUAUAACGUGGUUUACACCAUAAGUAGAUCUUAAAAUACAUUAUACUUGUUUGUAUUACCAUAUAAGGCCGGUAAAGCGUUUUAAAAGUAUAUUAUACUGUGCUGCCUGCCCCAAGAGUAAAAAUGGCGAUCCCAACGCUGCGCGGUUGCCAAUGGUAACGCGUCACGUGGCGCCUGCACGUGACGGGCAGCGACAAAGAAACCAACGCGGCCGUCGGUCACACACUGCCUGACAUGAGGACAAUAUACAAGAGGCGACGUUUCAGGCCAUUGCCCUUUUAUCGUGGCAUUUAUAACAAAAAGCACAAAUAGAAAAGUAUUUUAGUGGGCGGGUCCACGUCACGUGACUACCGGUGGGCGGGACCCGCGCCGUUGCCACGGGAGCAGCGUCCCCGUUGCCGCGGUAACGGCGAAGAACGAGGAGGAGGUGGAGAGGCCGCGGUUCGAGUGGCGCGCUGUGAGGUUGCUCCCCGUUGCAGGAGGAGAUGGAGGCAGCGACUGAGUCCGUGAUCACGCUCGGAGAGGCAGAGGGCUAUGUGCAGUCGCUGGAACCAUUCCCCAUUCUGGAAAUCGCCUCCCCCAGGUGGAUGAUACAGCACACGUAUAUCGAGAAACUCAAUAUAGAGGCAAUUUUGCAGGCAAUCAAUAAAGGUGAUGAGUUUGUGAAGGAGUUUCUUGUUACAUAUGAAAAGACAUGCGUCCUUGUCCAUGAGGUUUUAGCAAUAGAGGUUUGGAAGCGAAAAAUAUUCCCUAUUAUUUGUCGUGUGAAAGAUUUUGAAACGAAAGCGACAUUUCCCAUAUACAUGGUGAUUCGUCAUGAGGCAACCAUAGUGAACCUGCUUGAAACUGUCUUGUACCAUAAGGACGCAGUGGGGUCUCUGGACGAUCAGGCACUAGACCUGCUGGACUACGCGCACGGAAAGGUGACGAUGUUGGUGGCGCGGCACCAGCAAGGGCAGUUCCAACCAGAGAACGCGCGUGACAAACCAUCGCCCAUCCACGCCUCCUCCUUAGAGGAGGUGAAGCAGCAGAGCGAUGAUUUGGAGUUUAAUAUUUCUCUGAAGUGUGUCUCGAUUCUACGGUACUUGAUUGAUUACCUGGACAGCCUGCCGCUGUCUGUGCACACGCGCAUGCUCAACACGCACAACGUGCCGGUGCUGCUGGUGCAACUAUUAAACAAUUGCCCCUGGAUCCGCACCACCAAGGACGGUGCUGUGGAACUCUAUGUGGACAACGGGUGGCGUGCGCGGAGCAGUGACGAAGUCUUUAAGUUGUCUAAACUCGAUGGUCAGCUGUGGAUCGCCAUCUACAGCCUCUUGCUGCACAAGGAUAGCCUGCGCAAGUACGACUGUAAUGCCUACAACAAAGGCCAGCUGCUGAAGCUCCGUGGAUUUCUGACGGAAGUGCUGGUCGAUCAGUUGCCUUGUCUGAUGGACCUACAAAAGUUUCUCAAUCACCUGGCCAUGGUGGAUCCCGCACCUCCCAAGAAAGACCUUAUUAUUGAGCAGAUCCCGGAAAUUCGGGAAAAAUUCCUGCGUGAAAAUGAGGACAAGUGGAAAGCCAUUGCUAAGUACCAGAUGAAGAAUGCCUUCACUCCAUCAGAAACGGAGCUUCGGCAGCAAGCUCAAAGGUGGGUGGAGAUGUACAAAUCGGAUGUGAUGGAGGCCCUGCUGCCGGAGGAGGCGCGCUGCUGCGUGUGCGGAGCCACGGCAAAGAAGCGCUGCUCGCGCUGCCGCAAUGAGUGGUACUGCCGGAGGGAGUGUCAGGUGCAGCACUGGCCAAAGCACAAGAACGUGUGCAGUCUGUUGGUUGAGGAGCUCAGUAAGAAGCUCACUCUUGCAGAGUGAGCCACAUGCUGGUGAGUAGAUUACUGGGUGCAUGUUCUGACUGGUAACAUGACCCGAAGAGCAAAGUCAUCGAAGUCUGUAAGGCUGAAGUUAUCACCAUCGGCAUCAUUAACAAGCACUGCUUUAUAGAUCAACAAUAAUAUUCAUAUAAACCAAUGUUUGGACAAUGGCCUUUCAGAGAAAAGACAGUGCUAAAGAGGUAAUUUAUCAACUGUUAUGUUAUUUAUAUUUCUCAAUUACAAGCCAGUGUUUGGCAACAUUGUCAACAGUGGUUUUACAAUGGAAAGAAUCGCCCUUGCCACAGAAAUUUGGAAUUUUCACCACUGGAUCAGGGGCACAAAUAGGUGAAAUAAGUGCUGUCCCUAACCUCAUUUAAGUAGAGGUGAUUUGGCAUGACAAUCACGGUAUUGUAUUUAUUAAUGACAAUGGUGGGAUCAUAUGACCAACUUGUAUUUGCAAAACACUGCCAAUGCAGUCCUCAAAAUGAUAUCGUUUCUCCAUAUGCAUUUUUUUGGAUGUAAUUGUUGCUUUGAGAAACAAAAGCUAUCGACUUUUACAGAAUCCACUAGAUUACUCUUGAUAUUUUUAUGGUACGAGACGAUAAUUUGAGUUUCUACAUAAUUAAACACAGUUACCCAGUAAAUAUGUUUACCAUUUAGUGUGUACCAGGUGCAUAGUACAGACAUUGAUCAGCAUUGCAAUUAUUUAACUCCAAUGACAAUUCAAUUUAUUGACCUUCAUUUUGUUUUAUGUAAGUGAAUUGACAAUUAUAGCUGUUGCAACAUAGUCCUAAGACCAAACUAUAAGUUGGCCUGUGAAAGGCAGUACAGAAAAUAGGUUGUUGACCUAUUCUGUUUAAUUACUGUUAACUCGUCAUAUCGCUAAGUUUGAUCCGUGAAUUUCAAUGUACUCCCAUAUCCAAAAAAUACCUCCUAAAGAAUUUACCCAACAUCUAGGAAAGACCUAUAAAUUUCAAAAGCCCUUUUUUGGAUAAUGCACAAAUAAAAGUAAUCAGAUUUCAAAUUCACAUUUCAAUUAACUCAGAGGAGUGAUGCCACGUGAGACAUUAAUAACGCCAUCUCCUUCCAGUGCCCGACUGCUGAGAAUGGAUAUAAAUACGCUCAUACAUUACCUCUUCCUGCCCUUACCUCCAGGGGAAUUUAACACCAAGCAAUCGUUAAAAAAACACAUUAACAUUUCUACUGACCCUUACAUGGAAAUGUAUAAAACGUAACAGCAUAUCGAAUAGUUAACAAAGCACAUCUCUAAAAAGAACUAAGACUGUGAGAUAAAUGAGAUAAUUACCUAAAUAACAUAAAUACUCAAUUGCUUUUCUGUUUGUACAAGAGCCUGGAUGUGGGUUUUUUUCAUCACAGCUGCUAAGAACAGGUCCAAAGACCUAAAAUGCAAAGUGGCCAGAAACCAAGGGCAUUAUUGUAGUAUAGCAUAUAGGAAUUUACCUACUUCAUAAAAAGAGCAAGGUUAUAGGAGCUGGGCUAGAGAGAUGACGGGAGUGAGUUUCGUGAAGUGCAUGUGCUUAUGGAGACGAAAUGGUGAAAGUCUCCCUAUAAAUAUCUCAGUGCUCCAUAAUAACAAUACCCAUGCUUGGUUGUCAACAUUGCUGACUCAGACUGAUAUAACGGCAUCCAGAGACCUUAUUAUAGAUCUGUGCAUUCCGAGUGUUGGUGGAUAUGUUUGUAUCCAACAGUGUGCUUAGUUAAUUGACUUGACCCAUGUACAUAUGGCAGACUAGCAGAUUCAAAUGUGGGAUGUUAAACAUACAUCGUAAUAUCUCAGUUACCCAUAAUAACAAUAACCACACUUGGCUCUCAACAAUCGCCGACUAAGACUAAUAUAACAGCAUCUAGAGGCCUUAUUAUAUAAUGUAUUCAUUGCAAGUAUUAGUAGAUACAUAUUUGUUAACUGCGCAGCUGUGCAUAACAUUUAAAAAAAAUAAGCGCUCUUGCCUUACAGAUUUAGAAUUUUCAUAUUCACCAUCUGAAUAUUUUAAAGUUAUCUUAGUGCAAUGCUAAUGCUAUGUAUUGGGCUAAUUUUUGAUGACUUAACGAUUAAACCUGUUCAGGAUGCUUCAUGUGACUGUCAAGACAAGUCACAUGGCACGGACUAUUCCAACAUGCCAGUGAAUUAAUGCACAGUAAUGCGUGUACUGUAUGUGGUUAUUGCCCACUUGUCAUGCACAGCCACAGCCUUGGAAGACUUAAAUACAAACAAUGAAUUUGUCAUGCAAUAUAUCAAUUAUAGUUUUAUACAUUGCAUGGAAUUUAUAUAUGAACAGACACAAUCCACAACAUGUUACACGUCGACCAAACCAAAAAGAAUAUAAAAUGCCUAAUAAUAAGUAUGUGGCCUUUUUAUAGCAUUGUCAGAAAACUUUGUGGCGGUAGCAACCCACGAUUUUUGUUGCCAAGGACUGAGCGACAACCUUGAAUGUCAAUGUUCGUACAUUUACAGCAGCAUCGUGGCCCUAACUGCAGAUCAAUCUUUAAUAGGCUACAGGAUACUUUGUGAACAAGGACAACCAGGGAGGAAUGUUUUUUUCCCCCGAAUGCUGCAACGUGACUACCGUGCACUCGUCUAGAUUCACGGUGAAACAUUAUCUGAAUAUUGGCAGUCUUAGAGUCACAUCUUAAUGAAAGCCAUUCAUUGUUGGCAGAAGUUAAAUGUAUUUGUUGACACUUGCCUUAGUUUUGAUUUAAAGCUUUCGUGACUGCAGGGAUUCAUAUUCUUGGUUCUUUCUACUUGCCUUAGUGUUACAGUUCAUGUGCCUGUAGGGAAUAUGUCUGGUGGGUUUGAAAAUGCUAGAUUAAUUGUCAGAAUGGGUUUCUACUUUGCACUUUACCAUGCGUUGGUGUUCUUGAGAAAAAUAUUUGUUUAAAAAAAAUAUUUGCUGUGUUUGUGAGAUGCGAGAAGUCUGUUUUGAUUGCUCUAUCUGCUGUUUUUAACUUGCUGUUUUUAACUUGCUGUAUUUGCCGUUUUAUUUUGUGAUGGAAAAUAUAAUAACAAUUUUCAUUGUUACAAGAAAACCCAGUACGUACUGUAGAUUGCUUCUAUAAAAUAACACGGAACACUGGAUAAUUCCCAAGUCCACAAACAAUUUAAUUGUCCACAGCUCAUUUGUCAUCACCUCUGGUGCUUCAUAGAAUCCAUUUCUGUGCGCAAGGUCACAUUAUUAAUUAUGCAGCUGUGCGUGUUGAUAUCUUUACUCAGCAUAUAUCUUGUGCUUGCCUUGGUGACAUAUAUCUGUGUUAAACUGUUGAAAAUGUAUUUUCUGCUUGUUCAUUGUAAGUGCCUGUCAUCAAAGUAUAACAUAUAAUCUGAUUAUAACUGGCAGGUAUUGUAGAUACUGUAGUUCCUAAAAACUUAACACAGCCAGGGUGCAAUGGAACAAUCUGUUGAAAUGUAGAAUCCUAUGUCUAACCAGUGACAUGAAAAAUAUAAAGUCUUGUCUAAUAUUAUUUCAUUGCCUGUGUUGAUCAUGUUUUUUUCUGUUGGUUUUAUAGUGCGACAGUCAAGUGUUUUUAAGCUAUACAGUGUAUUGCUACAAUAAAAACUGGUUAAAAAUAG